GGGGGCGCGCUCGGGGGCCCGGGCCGCGUGGGCGCUGGGAUGGAGGGCGCCGAGGGGCGGGGAGCGGGCGUGCAUGUGUGUGCGAGCGCGAGGGAGGCCGGCCUUUAGUGUAACCGGAGCUACAAAGAAGGGGAGAGUCCAGGAGAGGGAGGGAGGAGCGGCGGCGGCGGCGCCGGGGGCCUCUCCGCACCCUCCCCCCCGGACAGGAGCCCCCUCGAAGCGGCCUCGGCCCUUGACGCGGGGCCGCCCCUCGGCCCCCGCGCCCGCACGCCGGGAAUGAUGAAGAAGAACAAUUCCACCAAGAGGGGGCCUCAGGAUGGAAAUCAUCAGUCUGCACCGCCUGAGAAGGUCGGCUGGGUCCGAAAAUUCUGCGGGAAAGGGAUUUUCAGGGAGAUUUGGAAAAACCGCUACGUGGUGCUAAAAGGUGACCAGCUCUACAUCUCCGAAAAGGAGGUAAAAGAUGAGAAAAAUAUUCAAGAGGUGUUCGACCUGAGUGACUAUGAGAAGUGUGAAGAGCUCCGGAAAUCCAAGAGCAGGAGCAAGAAGAAUCAUAGCAAGUUCGCUCUUGCCCACUCCAGACAGCCUGGGAACACGGCACCCAACCUGGUCUUCCUGGCAGUGAGUCCAGAAGAGAAGGAAUCGUGGAUCAGUGCCCUCAACUCUGCUAUCACUCGAGCCAAGAACCGCAUCUUGGAUGAGGUCACCGUUGAGGAAGACAGCUAUCUCGCCCACCCGACUCGAGACAGGGCAAAAAUCCAACACUCCCGCCGCCCCCCAACUCGGGGACAUCUAAUGGCCGUGGCUUCGACCUCUACCUCGGAUGGGAUGCUGACCUUGGACCUGAUCCAGGAGGAAGACCCUUCCCCUGAGGAACCAACCUCUUGUGCUGAGAGCUUUCGGGUCGACCUGGACAAGUCUGUGGCCCAGCUGGCGGGCAGCCGGCGGAGAGCAGACUCAGACCGCAUCCAGCCCUCCUCAGACCGGGCAAGCGUCCUUCCUCGACUUUGGGAAAAGCCAGAUAAAGGGGCCACCUACACCCCCCAGGCACCCAAGAAGUUGGCCCCCACAGAAAAAGGCCGCUGUGCCUCCCUGGAGGAGAUUUUGUCUCAGCGGGACACUGCACCAGCCCGCACCCUCCAACUCCAGGGUGGGGACCCCCCAGCGCCCAUCCCACCCCACCCGGGGCAGCUGUCCCGGAUCCAGGACCUGGUAGCAAAGAAACUGGAGAAGACUCAGGAGCUGCUGGCAGAAGUUCAGGGACUGGGAGAUGGGAAGCGAAAGGCCAAGGACCCCCCUCGGUCUCCUCCUGAUUCUGAGUCAGAGCAGCUGCUGCUGGAGACAGAGCGGCUGCUGGGAGAAGCGUCAUCAAAUUGGAGCCAGGCAAAGAGGGUGCUGCAGGAAGUCCGGGAGCUGAGGGACCUGUACAGACAGAUGGACCUGCAGACCCCCGACUCCCCCCUCAGACAGACCAUGCAGCACAGUCAGUACCGGAAGAGCCUGAUGUGAAGGACGGCGACAGAGUCUGCAACUUCUCGGGGGUUGGGGGGCAGAUUCUUAUCUCCAAGUGUUGCAGGAUAAAGCUUUUUUAUUUACCUCAGUCAAAAAAGAAAACAAAAACACAAUCAAA